AUGGCGUCCGCUUCCACGUCCACGUCCACGUCCGGUCGCAGUUCGUCGGCUACCGCUGGACGGUCGCAGUCAGCCAAGAGUGUGCCCGACAAACAGAUCUCACAAAUCGAAAAAAGUGUCACACAUCUUCUGGUCGCCACAAAACAACUUCUCGAGACCUUGACUCAGUGGUCCCGCAAACAAGCCACCGAGACGGACGUAUCCGAUGUCUAUGUGCGACUGGGAUACGAGUUCAAUCUAGCCUGUCGCGCUUUCAACGCUAUCGGAGUGGAAACCUCAGAUCUCGGUCCGGUGCCCGAUGUUCUGCGCAGUAUCCUCGAAGAUACUCUCAGUCAAGAUGCAUCCUCUCAAAGUCUCGACCGCUACCUGCCCCAGAUUCGCGACAUCAUCAUCAACCUCCUACAUGGCUUAAAAAAGAAACAGGCCCGACUACGAUCGCGGCAGCAGCGGGAAGAUGGCCGUGCCAACAUGUCUGGUCGGCAAGCGAGCGCGGGCAGCAUCCCAACGGGUCCUUCCAGCAACAUAGGCCAGCUGUACGAUGAAGCCGCCGCGUCGACAAUGCCCCAGAGUACGACCUCCUCUCCCAAACGGCCAACUCGGAGGUUUGGCAGUAGUGGGUCUAUGGAAGACACUUCCUCGGGUCAGCGCGCCUCGCCAUCCCAUGGGGAAACCCGGGGAUCGAGCUAUUCGGACCGGGAAGCCUCGCGACGAGAGACCCAGCAAAUUCUCUCCCAGCCAUCUCAAGAUAAUGAAACCACGCCGAGACCGCCUCCGCCACCCGCACCACCUUCCACGGCCCCAACACAUUUCCCAGCUCCACCACCUCCCCCCAAGGAGGAAGAUGCUCUAGGUGCUCUCCAGCGGAGUGGUGAGCUGGAACGGAGGGCUUCUCGUCGGUUCUCAGCAUACCAAAUACAAAAGCAUCUCGGCACUUCUACCAGCGGAGUCCCAGUACUUCCCACGCAAAACUCUCCCAUCCCGAACCGCGGACGAGACGUGCGAGAGUCGCUCAAUGCUGUACGCCUCCGUGGCUCGUACGCUCAUUCCAGGCAGCGCUCGUCGAACCGACUUCAGGAAACCGCGAGGACCGCUCAGAGUCAAGCCGCAGCGCAUGUGCCAAAGGCAGUCGAGGAGGAAAAGGCCACAGCUCCCCUUACGGGCGAAGCAGGAGGUGCCGAGACUCCUCCUGCACCGGCAGCUCCUGUGACUGACCAGCCGCCCCCACCCUCUGAGAAGCCCCUUCCCGAUGGUCCAGCUGCCAUCGAGCCCGCGGCUGUUUUCCCACAACCUCCUAGCCGCCCAUCACUCGAUGAUGCCUUCGACCCGGAAAAGGCUGCAUCAGAGUCUCCGGCUCCAGCGCCUGGGACACCAAAUGGUAAUCGCUUGACGCCUCCCAAUAUCGCUACGCCGCCUUCUGUAGCUCAAUUUUCCGUGGAUCAGCCUUCUCCAGGCAAGGAGUUGACUCUUUUCCUGCAAUACAAGAGCAAGAUCAAAAAGUACGUACUUCCUGGAGGAGCGGCUGAACUGACCAUCGGACGGCUGCAAUUGGCCUUUAUUGAGAAAUUCGCCUGGAACACGCACAACAAUGGCGUGGACUUGCCGGAAAUCUACAUCCAAGAUUCCAUUUCGGGAAUUCGGCACGAGUUGGAGGAUCUGGGUGAUGUGAAAGACCGCUCCGUCCUGGUCCUGAAUGUUGAUACUUUGGACGAGGUCAAGAAGCACUUUGACGAUAGCUUUGGCGGUGUGCGUAGCUUGGUUGAAGGCGUCAAGGAUGUGCUAGAGAGUCAGGGAACUGCGAUUCAGCGGGUCUCGGAUCGUCAACUUGAAGCCGCAAAGGAAAUGGCUCGGUUGGCUUCGUUGCCGUUGACCCCUGUUGCUCGGUCAGCUAGCCCCAGCGGCACGGUCAAACCAGCGCUUACCGGAAACCGUACGCAAGUGGCCGAAAUCCAAAGUCUACGGCGGGAUCUUGCUGUUCUGCGACAGACCUAUUCCAACUUCACAUCAGACAUUACUAGUUCGAUGGCUGCUGUUCGAUCAAAGGCCACCAACGUCGUGUCUGCCGCGGAGAGUGCUGCGAACGCGACGUACGAGGGAGAUGCCGGCCGCGCUCGUGUCAACAAAGGAAAGAAGGAGCUCGCUGACGAGUCAGAGCGCCUGGUCUCCCGUGUGGAUGACCUACAAGAUUUGGUGGAGGAUCUUCGCAAGGACGUGGUUCAGCGAGGAGUGCGACCUCUGCCGCGCCAGCUUGAAGGUGUCAACCGUGACAUCAGCACGGCUUUGAAGGAGAUCAAGAAGAUGCAAGAUUUCCUCGGCCGGGAGAAGCCCAUCUGGACUAAGAUCUGGGAGAAGGAGCUGCAGCAAGUUUGUGAAGAGCGCGAUCAACUCACGAUGCAAGAGGACCUUGCCGCUGAUCUGCAGGACGACUUGGAGAAAGCUGCUCAGACUUUUGCCCUGGUUGAGCAAGCGACCAAGGAACAGGCUCUGGAAAAGGCUGCUAAUAGUGGUGUCACUUUACGAGCCACCUCGCGCACUCUGGGGAUCGACCCCACUGUUGACCCGAUGAAAGCCAAAGACGAUCUUCUUGGAGAAGUGCGCGCCCUUCAGCCUAACCACGAAAGCCGUCUGGAAGCCAUCGAGCGCGCGGAGAAGAAUCGCAAGAAGGAACUCGAAACACGCCGGAUUGGCUUGUUCCAGAAGGAGCUUGGCACGUUUGUCCAGGAGGGCAAAUUGAAGAAGAGCGGCGGCGUUGAGGAGGCGGAACGGCUGCGUAACGCCAAGGACGAUCGCAUCCGCAAGGAAGUAUGGGAGCGCCAGCAAGCGCGCAAUGCAGAGAUGGAGAGAGCGGAGGCUGAGGCCGCGGCCGCCGCCGCUGCUGCUGCUGCUGCCGCCACCCCCGAAGACGCUGAAGAUGCCGGCGAUGCAGCAGAAGUUGCCAUGGAAGCAGAGGGUCAAGUCGAUGCCACACCUGCUGCAGAAGACGCUACUGUAGCUCCAUCUCAUGAUGUUGAGACAGAGGGAAAUGAGAUGACGCCUGCAGAGAGCCAUGAGAACAGAGCCAUCUCUCCGGAUGCUCCCAGCUAA